AUGAAUAAAUAUAUACACAAGAAGUUCUGUCAGCAAUACAAAGCUACAAUUGGAGCUAAUUUCGUGACAAAGGUGCUUCAGAUUGAUGACAGGCUUGUAACUCUUCAAAUAUGGGAUACAGCGGGUCAGGAGAGAUUUCAGAGUCUUGGACUUGCAUUUUAUAGAGGAGCAGAUUGUUGUGUUUUGGUCUAUGAUGUCAAUGUAAUGCGAUUGUUUGACAACCUUGACGACUGGCAUGAAGAAAUUUUCAAAGAGGUUUGGUUUAUUGUUCUGCAGGCUAGCCCACCGGACGCUAAGACAUUUCCUUUCAUAUUACUGGGAAACAAGAUCAAUAUAGAUGGUGGAAAUAGCCGAGUGGUUUCUGAGAAAAAAGCAAAGCAUUGGUGUUCAUCAAAAGGGAUACCUUACUUUGAGACAUCAGCAAAAGAGGAUAUAAAUGUUGAUGCUGCCUUCUUGUCUAUUGCAAAAACUGCUUUGGCCAAUGAGCACGAGCAGGAUAUAUACUUCCAGGGCAUUCCAGCGGCAGUUUCAGAGAAAGAGUAGAAAGGUGGUCGUGCAUGCUAAGUUGGAUAAAGCGACUGGAUAGAGUGUGUCAUAAUCCAUAUUGUUGCCUAAUUUUUGUGUAACCGUAUCAUCAGUGUUAGGUCAUAGGCAUUCUUGUAUACCCACUGCAUUAAGAUCGAAUAUGUUUCUCCACAUUUCUUCAAUGUUGUUUUAGAAGAAGCUCUCAUCUUUUUGUAUUCAGAUAUUGGAGGUGUGAAAUCUCAGCCAAAUUCAGUA